AUGGCGCAGGGGAGCACGCGCAAGGGUGUGUUCUUCGAGGACAGGGGGGCCUCCAUCACCGGCGACGAUGCCCACCUCGAGAACGACCCGCACAGGCCCCCGCACAUGCAGGGCUCGCAGAUGUCCCGCACGCCGGCGCGGCUGAAGACAAACUGCUUCAAGCUGACGAUGCUCCCGAGCGGGUCCAUCUACCAGCUCGUCUACCAGCUCAAGCCCGCCGCCACGAGCGUGCGCGAGGAGAGGUGGGUCCUGCAGCAGAUCUGGGAGCAGUUGCAGCAGCGCCUGAAGGGCACCUUCGUGGUGCACUUUCCGGGCGGCUACCUCUUCACCCCGAAGCCCCUGGACGCAGAGUUCAGCCUGGAGGCUCCCGCGUCGGACGCGAGGGGCUACCCCAAGCGCACGGUAUCGGUGAGGCAGGAGAAGGUCCUCCAGCCGGACAUGAUCAACCACGGGGCCUGCGGCCCCGCCCAGGUCGUCCUGCAGCAUGUGGCCAAGAAGCUCGCAGAUGGGAUGAUGUACCAGAAG